UAAACUCAGCAUUGUUGUCCCUUGUUGCUACCCGUCCGCACCGUACGAACAGGUCUCGCUGUUAGAAAUGGCUGAAGCUCCCCCACGGCCCUGCCGGUUUUUUUGUCACCGGUGUUCAGCAGAGAUUAGUCCGCGUUUGCCGGACUAUACCUGUCCCCGCUGUGAAUCUGGUUUCAUUGAGGAGUUGCCUGAGGAAAGGAGCACUGAAAAUGGCUCCACAUCUUUAUCCUCCUACAGUGAUCAGAAUCCUCCAGUCUUUGAGAACAUGGAUCACCAACACCUUUUCACAUUUCCCUCUGGGUAUGGUCCAUUUGCUCUUGGAAUUUUCGAUGAAAACUUUGACCUUCGAACACGGCUUCCCACAGAGGAUAAUAGAGAAACAGAAAACAGGAGAGAAAGGGAAAUGGCAUCACGUCAACGAUACAGUGCACGACAACCACGGGGUCGACAUGUACCUCGGCGACAGGGUAUGCGCCAUGAAGGAGUGCCCACGUUAGAGGGAAUCAUCCAGCAACUAGUAAAUGGUAUUAUAGCACCUACAGCUAUGCCAAAUAUUGGCAUGGGACCAUGGGGUAUGUUACAUUCCAAUCCAAUGGACUACGCAUGGGGUGCCAAUGGACUUGAUGCUAUAAUUACACAGUUGUUGAAUCAGUUUGAAAACACAGGUCCUCCUCCAGCCGACAGAGAAAGGAUAAAGAGUUUACCCACCAUUUCUAUAACAGAAGAACAUGUGGGUGCUGGUUUAGAGUGUCCUGUGUGCAAGGAAGACUACAGUGUUGAUGAGAGUGUUAGACAACUGCCAUGCAAUCAUUUAUUUCACAAUGACUGUAUAGUGCCAUGGCUGGAACAGCAUGAUACGUGUCCUGUAUGCAGGAAGAGUCUUAGUGGACAGAACACAGCCACAGACCCACCAGGGUUAUCAGGAAUGAACUUCUCUCCCUCAUCGUCAUCCUCUUCCUCUCCAAGUUCACCUAGCAAUGAGAAUGCUGCCAGCAAUUCAUAGAUUUUCACCUUCACCUCACAUGUAAAAACUGUCAGACGGCCCCUGUCUGCAGCUAAACCCCGGACAGUUGCCUAUUUCAAUUCAAGAGGACGAUGUGAGUCGAGGUGACCUUUUUAGUUAUCAUUCCUCUCCCUGUGCUGAACUGACGCUGGGUCCGGCUCCUGCUGCUAUUGUUACUGAGUAUUUGAGGAGGUGGGACUGGUCAGUGAUGGAGGACCCAGAAAGGCUGUGAAUAAAACAAAAAUGGGGUUGUGUUAAAGAGCUGGAGUUUGAGCCAGAAAACAUCUUUGCCACGAGGCUGGGACACAUUUUAUAUUUAAAGACAAAAUGCUCUUUUUUUAAACAUUGCCUGUGGUGGUGCAAGACUUCAAGUUGAGUCCAUCGAUGUGUAGAUAGAUAAUUCUUUUUUCAUACUAUGAACUGUUGGCCACUUUACAGCUAAUGGCUCAGAUUAAAAUCUUAUGGAAAGGAGAGUGUAUGCAUCUUAUUCUUAUUUAUUUUCACCUUUGUUUUUUACUUUGCACAUAAUUAUGUCUGAUGUUGAGAAUGUGAGAUUGGGUUAACUACUGAACAAACAAAAAAAAAAUUCCCACAUUUUUGCAUUGAGUAAGUCUUUUAGGAAUUGUUUUUGUUUUAAUUAGAUUUUUUAUUUUAUUAGAGCUUGAUCCUGUGUAUUUGAUGUAUCUUGAUAAGAUGAAGAUCCUCACAUCUUAACUGAAUUUUUACAAAGUUUCUUUAUUGAACCCCUGCCAAGACACAAAUUGUUAAAACAACUUGCCUCUAUGGAACUGGCCAAAUGUGUUUCACAAAAACUGUUUAUUUUAUUUUCUGGUUUUGUACAGUCAAAAUAAAGUGCUGAAUUUAAAAAGGGA